GUUUCAGAAGCCACUUUCAAUCUUUGAUAAGUUAUAACCUUAAUUUGUUCACUACUAUCUUAGAAACUCUUUUGCAUUCGUACUACCUGUAUUACAUAACAGCACCAAUGGGAAGAGCACCUUGUUGUGACAAAGCUGGACUCAAGAAAGGUCCAUGGACUCCAGAGGAAGAUCAUAAGCUCAUCAGCUAUAUUCAGCUCCAUGGACCAGGCAAUUGGAGAACCCUUCCAAAGAAUGCUGGGCUGCAAAGAUGUGGAAAGAGUUGCCGUCUUCGUUGGACUAACUAUCUGAGGCCUGAUAUAAAGAGAGGAAGAUUUUCAUUUGAGGAAGAAGAGACAAUCAUCCAACUACACAGUAUCUUAGGAAACAAAUGGUCAGCCAUAGCAGCUCGCUUGCCUGGAAGAACUGACAAUGAAAUCAAGAAUUACUGGAACACCCACAUCAGAAAAAGGCUGCUAAGAAUGGGAAUUGAUCCUGUGACUCAUGCUCCUCGCCUAGACCUUCUUGACCUGUCCUCCAUCCUCAGCUCAACUUUGUGUAACCAGUCAAUUCUUAAUAUGUCAAACUUGUUAGGUACACAAGCCCUCAUGAAUCCAGAACUGUUAAGGCUGGCCACAACUAUCUUAUCGCUAAAACAAGAAAGUCAAGUACCCUUUCCACAAAAUCUCCAAGAAAACCAACUUUGCAACUUCUUAUUGCAAAACCAAGUACAGCCACUUCAACCCAAUCAAUAUCAAGCUCCAAUACAAGAAGGAUUUUCAUCCGAGGAGUCAAACCAACUCAUGCAAGCCAAUGUGGAAGGGUUUUUGUCAAAGGUAGCAACUUUUGGUAAUUCCCAAGAAAAUUCAAUAGCUUCAAACCUAAAUGAAGAUUUCGUUUGCCAGCCAAACUAUAUGUAUUGUGGCUCUAAUCCUAUAGUUCCCGAUUUAGCAGAAAAUCCAAAUUUUCAAUCACUAAACAAUAGCUAUCAGAACUUGUCCUCCUUUGAUUCUGUUGUGUCAACACCAAAAUCUAGCCCUACUCCUUUAAAUUCAUCAUCCACAUUCAUUAAUAGCAGCACUGAAGAUGAAAGAGACAGCCACUGCAGCAACUUGCUGAAGUUUGAAAUUCCAGAGAGUUUGGACAUUGAUGAAUUUAUGUCAAUAUAGCUAGAAAUAUGAGAGAUGUAUUGUAUUUUUUGUUUUCUUUUUUUUGUUGGGUUUCAUUUGUA